CCCCUUAGGAAGGAAGAGAAAAAGAAUAGGCAAGCUGGCUUUUUCUGUACGAGGGCGGGGACCAAGGACGAUGACGAUCCAUUAUUGGUCCAUCCUGAGUGCAGGUGCAGGGUUGGAGGAGGCACCUGGACGCAUUGUCACAGGCUGGAAAAUCUCUUGAAGCCUUCAUCCUCCCUUACGUCGUAUUUCUCUUUUCCUUCUCUUCCCUCCUUUUCCUUCUCGUCCUUCUUCCUCAUCUCCAUUCCUUCUCAUUCCUUCGUCGAAUCACCCACUCACCUCCACUUUCCUAUUCAGCUGAACAAGCACCCUAUUUUUUAUUUUCAUUUUAUUUUUAUUGCUUUACUGAGAGCCCUUUUCUUUACUUCCUCUGUCUGCGUGUGUGUGUAUCCAAACAUACUUACUUAAUCAUGAACUUGACAGAGAAGUUCACCAGCAUGAGGAUGUCAGACGGCACCCCAGGACUGCCCAUCCCUCCCUCUGCUACAUCCGUCCCAGCAAACGAGUACUAUGCCAAUGCAAACUACGUCUCCCGCCACCGGACCCUUAGCAGCUCCAGCAAGCCUGCAAGCCAGACCACCGAGAACGCCGCAAAUCCGCUAACGGGUGCUGGCACCACAAAGUACAGGCGACAGCGACGAGGCUCGCAUGACGACAAGGCCAUCAAACCACGACGAUUUCUCAUUGAUGUGGAAGAGACACAGCGACUGAUCCUGGAGCAGGAAGACACCGACGGAGACUUUCAGAUCACGGUCAAUGAUAUCGGGCCAAAGGUGAUCACCCUCGGAACCGCCGAUUCAGCAGGGUUCAACAAGUAUGAUGUCCGCGGCACCUACAUGCUCAGUAACCUCCUUCAGGAACUCUCACUGGCACAGGACUACGGCCGAAAGUACGUAGUCUUGGACGAGGCGCGGCUGAACGAGAACCCUGUUGAUCGACUGUCUCGCAUGAUUCGACAUCAUUUUUGGGAUGGUCUGACUCGACGAAUCGAUGCCGAAGGACUGGAGAUGAUCUCGAAUGAUCCCAAGAACCGGUCCAAGAACACAGCUCCGCGGAUCUACGUUCCUUAUGGUGAGGAUGAGGUUCUGGAGUACUACAACAGUGUAAAGAUUACCAAGCCGAAUCUGCAGUUGCAGGUAGAACAGCUUCCUAAGGACAUUACCCCAAAAUAUGUCCAGUCAAUUAACGAGAAGCCCGGGAUCUUGGCUUUGGCGAUGACGAAGCAUGUGGAUGAGGAUGGACAUGAGACCUUGAAGGGUGUGCCGUUUGUGGUGCCUGGUGGUCGGUUCAACGAGAUGUACGGCUGGGACUCGUAUUUUGAGUCGCUCGGUUUGUUGGUGGACGGUCGUUUGGAGUUGGCCAAGGGUAUGGUCGACAAUUUCGUGUACGAGAUCCAGCACUAUGGCAAGAUCCUGAACGCCAACCGCAGUUACUAUUUGACAAGAACACAGCCACCCUUCCUGACGGACAUGAUGCUCAAGGUUUAUGACCGUCUUCCGCCGAGUCUAGAGGAUGAGAACAAGCAAUGGCUCGCGGUGGCAUUGACGGCCUCGAUUAAGGAGUAUUUCACGGUUUGGAUGUCGGAGCCUCGCCUUGAUCCCGAAACAGGUCUAUCGAGAUUCUAUAGCGAGGGAAUCGGCAUGCCACCAGAGACGGAAGCGACGCACUUUGACCAUGUCAUCAAACCGUUUGCGGAUGCGAUGGGGUUGUCGAUCGAGGAAUACAGCCACAUGUAUAACGAGGGCACGGUGAUUGAACCGGCCUUGGAUACGUACUUCAAGCACGACCGCGCGGUUCGGGAGUCCGGACACGAUACAACUUACCGACUAGACAACUGUUGUGCGGAUAUCGCGACUGUUGAUUUGAACGCACUUUUGUACAAGUACGAAAUGGAUAUUGCGGAUACGAUCCAGACGAUCUUUGGAGACUCGUUCGAGGCUCCGUUCUUUGAGAGCUACGAGACUGUGGAGUUGGACACGAAGGAUCGGCCCGCGACGGUGGUCCAUAAAGCUGCAGAAUGGCUUGAGCGAGCGCGCGUACGUCAGGAAAAAUUGAACCAAUAUUGCUGGAACGAAGAGCGAGGGAUGUUCUUUGAUUAUGACACCCGGUUGAAGGCGAUGGGUACGUACGAGAGCGUCACGACAUUCUAUACCAUGUGGGCUGGAUGUGCAGAUCGUGAGAAAGCUGAGAGGAUGAUGACCUCGGCGUUACCGUUGUUUGAGGUGACGGGAGGAUUGGUCUCGGGCACAGAAUCGUCCCGCGGCUUUAUUACCCUGGCACGGCCUAACCGUCAGUGGGACUUUCCUUUCGGAUGGGCACCUCACCAGAUCAUUUCCUGGAUUGGGUUUGAACGUUAUGGCUUUAUCGAAGAGGCCAGGCGCACUUGCUACAGGUGGUUGUACACUAUCACAAAGUCAUUUGUGGACUUUAACGGAGUGGUUCCCGAAAAGUUCGACAUUGUGAAGAUGACACACAAGGUCCAGGUCGAGUAUGGAAACGUUGGUGUGGACUUCAAGUUUAUCCCACGUGAGGGGUUCGGGUGGAUGAAUGCCAGUUACCAAGUUGGAUUGGGAUACAUGGAUCGAGGCUUGAGACGAGCCCUUGGUGCGGUGAUGGAUCCAAACAUUGUGUUCAAGUCGCGAGAAUUAGAGAUGAGCAAGAAGAAGGACCUCCACAACAAGAGCUUUGUGGAACAGCCGCCAGAUGUCACGACGCGUCUUGUUCGACCCCAUCGAACGUAGAUCAAUGCAUAUGUAUAGUUGCGUUUUCUUGCCUCCUUUUUUUUUUUUUUCUUUUCUU